UGUAUCAGUAGGGCAGCGCUCUCCCCUGCACAUGCAGAGCGCACAUGCAGAGUGGCUUUUACUGAAACACAGAGCCUGCCACGGUUGAAUAAGCGCAUCAAACUCUCCCUCCGCUCCAGAUCCCCGCCAAUGAAAACGCACAAAGGCGUGAAGGAGAGAGAGAGAGAGAGAAGAGAGAGAGAGGUAGCAAAAGGGACACCGCGAGAAACAGAGAGUGAGCCAAAUCCCACACAGACACAACAGAAGUUGAGAGAAGGGACAUCCGGUCACAUUUCCUAUACUCACCUGCAAACGUGAGUGGAGCGGGUGUUUGUACCAGUGGGUGUGUGUGUGUGUGUGUGUGUGUGUGUGUGUGUCACUGACACUGCUGACUCUACUCUGCUGGAAUUCGUUGAGAAUCUUUUGAAUCUCUGCUGGUGCACCAUCACACGCACUCGAGCAGCGGCGCAGUACUCCUGAGCACAGAAAGGCGUCCAGGUAUCUUUGAGGAGACCAGCCUGUACAACUCACCUCUGUCAGAUCACAUCUGAGCACCAGGAGAGACGACGCUCUUCCAUUUACCGAGGGACAACUUUUACGCGCAUUUGGAGACAUUUCGAUCACUUCUUCCGAUUUUUGUCCCCCGUGAAGCAGGUGCUUUAUGCAGCUGUUUGUUGACUUUCUCGCCCGACUUCAAACUACUUUUGCUCCAGUUUAGUGACAUUCACGGACGUCUGUCUUGAAGGCUGCUUAAAGAGAACGACAUCCUCAAGAGAAAUGGAUAACAGCUCUGGUGGUGGAGUCAUCCUGUAUGCAGGCUCCUCUGGCAGUUCAAGCCCCAGCCCCGGCAGCCCCUCCAGUGGGUACCAGACACAGUCCCCUUCUUCACACUCCCAGCCCUCAUCUCCAGAGGAGGUUACCUUCACAGAGAUUGGGGUGUUUAAACAGGGGGCAGCUGGGUGCACUACCUCUUCCACUAAACUGAUAUUCCAGUUCCCAGAGGUCUACGGUGCCCCCCCAGCGGCAGCCACUCCACAACACACCUAUGCACACCCCAUCGCAGGAAAGAGGCCAUGCGGGUUCACAGGAACUUUCACAAAGACAGGUGGAAUGGUUCUGCUUUGCAAAGUCUGUGGGGACAUUGCAUCUGGUUUCCACUAUGGAGUGCAUGCAUGUGAGGGUUGCAAGGGUUUUUUCCGCCGUAGCAUCCAGCAGAACAUCAACUACAAGAUGUGUGUCAAGAAUGAGAAAUGUCUGAUCAUGCGCAUGAACCGCAACCGGUGCCAGCACUGCCGCUUCAAGAAAUGCCUCUCUGUUGGCAUGUCAAGAGAUGCUGUGCGUUUUGGCCGCAUCCCCAAGAGAGAGAAGCAGCGACUUCUGGAUGAGAUGCAGAGCUACAUGAACAGCCUAAAUGAAUCGGAAAUGGACUCGCCUUCAGUGGGGGAAAAUCCAAGCAGCACAGAGGAAGGCGACUCGAAAGAGGCCAUUGGGGCUAUCUCAAGAGCUUACUGCGAUAUCUUCACCAGCCGCAACAGCCAAGAGAGAGCAGCCAUGACGGCUAACAUCGCUUCCAACAAUAACACAUCUCCCUUUUCUCAGGAUGCCAGUUUUACCCAAGUCUCCGCUCACCCCACCUCCGCCCAGAAUUAUCAGUCUUGCCCUGUUGCGUCUGCUACUCCAUGCCCAGUUGCCCCUAAUGACAACCAACCUACAUUCCUCAAUGUGGACAACGAUCGCUACACCUACUUAGUGUCAACAAAUCAGAAUCAUGAUCAGUCUAACAGUAUAACCUCUCAAAAAGGCAGCUCUGCCGAUCAUAACACUUUUUGCAAUGCAGGAAGUACCCAAAAUCAGCCCACCUGCCCAUGGAAAUUAGCACCAGGAGCUAAAGUGCUGGCCUGUCCUCUCAAUGCGUGGCCUGUAUCAGGGGCAGAGCGCACGAGUCAGGAGAUAUGGGAAUCCUUCUCGCAGUGUUUCACUCCUGCUGUCAAGGAGGUGGUAGAGUUUGCCAAGGGCAUCCCAGGAUUUCAGGAGCUUUGCCAACAAGACCAGGUCAUGCUGCUCAAAUCGGGCACCUUCCAGGUUCUGAUGGUUAGGUUCUGCACCUUGUUCAAUGCUGAGGCGCAUACAGUGACUUUCCUGAACGGCCAAACUUACCCCCUGUCCACGCUGCGGGCCUUGGGCAUGGGCUCUCUGCUGGACGCAAUGUUUGACUUCAGUGAGAAGCUGAGUUCCUUGGGGCUAGAGCCUGAUGAAAUGGCUCUCUUUAUGGCUGUGGUGCUGGUCUCUGCAGAUCGUUCUGGCAUCACAGACAUGCAGGCCGUGGAGCAGCUACAGGAAGGUCUGAUCCGUGCCCUGCGGUCACUGAUCACUCGCCGCCGCCCAGAUGACACCAGUCUCUUCCCAAAACUCCUCCUGCGCCUGCCCGACCUGCGCACCCUGAACAGUCUGCACUCCGACAAACUGUUGGCCUUUCGCAUCGACCCUUGAGCAGGCCUUAGUUCUUGGAGCACACAGCCACAAACUGUUUUACAGAUAAAUACACACACACACACACACACACACACACACACACACACACACACACACACACACACACACACACACACACACACACACACACACACACACACACACACACACACACACACACACAGAUGUUAUCUUCCAAUGACAGGACUUCCGUGAACAUUGAGUAAAAAAGGAAUUGUGCAAUCUGAGGAGUGGUUUUCAAAAGGAUAAAUGAGUGCAGUAGUCAACAUAUUUUUGAAUCACUAUUGAUCUUCAUGCUAUGUUUUGGGACAAAUAAAAAUACAAACUCACGUAUUCACAUAAACCUCAACACCUUUUGAGAGACAUUGUUCCAUAAAGAAUAAAAUAAUGGUCAUGUAGAUUUAGAAUUACCCUUUUGUGCACUUGCUCAUUAUAUCCAGUCUACUUAAGAAUAUCGACAGGCAGCAGCUUAAAGACAGUUAUUAUUGUGGACCAUUAGAGAUGAUUGACAACGUCUGUGUUUCAGAGAAAGGGAACCUGUAUAUAAUACAUAGAAAAAUCUGAAAUGUUAAGGUAAUUAUGGAUCACUGUUUCACAAACAUAACAUCUGUAUGAGUACUGGAAUGAGACCACUAUUUCACACAAUAUGAUGCAUUCUUUCUCUUAAUAUUUUUGACUGAUCUUCCAGAAAAAAAUAUAUGCCAAGUCAAUGGCAUUUUAUUUUAUCUCUCAAAAACAUUGUCUAUGUCAUUAUGUUGUAAGACAGCUGGACUGAUUGAGACGCCUAAUGCAUGUUGGGUUUUGUAGUUCCUUUGUUUAUUUUCAUUGCUGUAAAUAGUAUGUUACCUAAUGUUUAUGUAUCAUUGACUGAAUUGAUGAGAUGGAUCGGACAGAUGAGUUCGGUGUCAAGAAGAACGUACGGUCCUUCCUGCAAUUGGUGGGGGUUUGGCUAUGCCAAGGGGGCUUUGCAAAGGCGAAUAUGUAGUAGGGAUUCUCAGACGGCUUAGACGCAAUUCCUGCUAUCAGAUGAUGUAACCAACCAGCAUAAUCCCUGAAUUCACCAGCACUCACUCCACAUGCACCCUUCCUCUGCCCCAAAUGUUUGUCAUACAAACACAAGAGAUAUUUUUGGGUGAGAGAUCUUAUUUGAUUGGUCUUCUCACUGUUUGCUUGUUUGAUUGUGGCUGAUUGAGCACAUCUUGUACAUUUUGUAAA